GGCGGCCGGGAGCGGGGAGCGAGCGAGCGGUCGGGCGGGAGGCAGGCGGCGGAGGAGGAGCGGACGCGCGGGGGCGGGGGCGCAUACAAAGUGAAGCCACAUUGCCAAACUUGCAGCAGCGAUUGCUGCAGUUGCUGCUGCUGCGCCGGGAGCAGCCGCGCCGCGCCGGCCGGGCCGAGGGCGCCUGCAGCUCGCUUGAUCUCUAGCUCGCUAGCUCUCUCGCAGCUGGAGGCGGAGGACGAGGACCCGGGGACUGAGACUUGACACUUCUGCCACUUAACGUGGGGCGCCCUCCACCCACCCAAGCCACGCGAUUAAAAAAAAAAAAAAAAAAAAAAGCAGCCCAGAGCCCCCUCCUCCUCUUUCCUGCUUCUGCGAGAACUCCCUCCCUCCUCCGAGGCGCCCCUGCCCUGGAAGCCGAGCUCCGCUCGCGUUUCGCCGCCGCCGCCUCCCGCACUAUUGCAAUAUAGGGGAAAAGCAGACCAUGGUGAACCCGGGCAGCAGCUCGCAGCCGCCCCCGGUGACGGCCGGCUCCCUCUCCUGGAAGCGCUGCGCGGGCUGCGGGGGCAAGAUUGCGGACCGCUUUCUGCUCUAUGCCAUGGACAGCUACUGGCACAGCCGCUGCCUCAAGUGCUCUUGCUGCCAGGCGCAGCUGGGUGACAUCGGCACGUCCUGCUACACCAAGAGCGGCAUGAUCCUCUGCAGAAACGACUACAUUAGGUUAUUUGGGAAUAGUGGCGCUUGCAGUGCCUGUGGACAGUCGAUUCCUGCGAGUGAACUCGUCAUGAGGGCGCAAGGCAAUGUCUAUCAUCUCAAGUGUUUUACGUGCUCCACCUGCCGGAAUCGCCUGGUCCCCGGAGAUCGGUUCCACUACAUCAAUGGCAGUUUAUUUUGUGAGCAUGAUAGACCUACAGCUCUCAUCAAUGGCCAUUUGAAUUCACUUCAGAGCAAUCCACUACUGCCAGACCAGAAGGUCUGCUAAAAGGUCAGAGUAAUGCAGAAUGCGUGCCUUCAUCUCAGAUUUUGUUCAUCACAGGUGGACCCCAUGUGUCUUCAGUAGACGAGUCACCUUUGUAGCCAGCUCCAGUGCCAGCUCCAUGCCAUUGCACCUUCUUUAGUCUUGAUUGCCCUUCCUGCAUUUAUUGGUGUAUUAAAAUGACUGAAUACGAACAUUAAGGACUCCAUGAACCUGGGCUAAUGGGAGACUGUAACGAAAAUGAAUAAAGAUCCACCGGAGGACAUGUUUGGGGGGGAGGGAGCUUGGGGGGAGGGAAAUGACUAAUGAAGCUAAUUAAAAGAAGCAUUCAAAUCUGCUUUCUACCCUCAUUAACAAUUAGCAGGGCACCGGCCAGAGUGUGUACCCUGUGUUUUACCUUAACAACAGUCUGUUUGCUCUUUGUAUAUUUAAGUGUUGUAAGGAAAUGUGUUUCAAUCAAACUGAACAUGAGUUAAAAGGAAAGAGAUGUGGCUCUUGUGAUAUUCUAUCACAAACACUUUUAUUGUAACUCUGUAAAAUACAAUGUAUGUAUGCAUGUAAGUGUUUUCGUCCUAAUGUUGCUAUUCCCGUGGCAAAGAUUAAAAAGAGAAAAAAAAAAUUGGAAAAAAAUCAGGCUCAUAGCAGCUGCUGUGUAGAAAUCUCCCUACUUCUAAUUUGCUGAAUGAAGAAAAAAAAAUCUUUUAUUUGUGAUAUUUUCAGAGACAUUUGCUCUAGUAUGGUGUAUUUAAAUAAUAAAAACUUAAAAGAAAAAAUACUCAAUGGAGUUUGGGUUUAAACACUGCAUUUUCUCUUACAUAUUUUGGAAGAAUUGAUGAUUUUUUUUUUGCUAUGUAUAACAAAUUUACUUUAAAUUUGAGGAGUGAGGGAGGUGAUACCUAUAUUGAUUUUACUCUGGGCCAAUAAAGUAGUCUUCAAAUUAUUUAACCAUGCCAUUUUUGGCAGGGGAACAAA